AUGUUUUUAUGUUUUUAUAGUCUCCUCACAAAACGUUUCAAACUGAACCACGCCAGUUACGGCAAAGACAGCUCUUCCAGCAAUGAAUGCUCGUUGUUUGUGGGGGAGCUGACGGAAGAUGUGGAUGAUUUAGCCUUAUUCAAUGCUUUCAAGAAAUAUCCCACUUGCAGGUCCGCGAAAGUGGUCAUGACAAACGGUAAGUCGCGCGGAUACGGCUUCGUGCGCUUCUUAACGGAGGCCGAUAUGGACAAAGCCCUCAUAGAGAUGCAAAACUACUGCGGCUUGGGUUACAAGCCCAUCCGCGUUAGUCUUGCUAUACCAAAGAGGUACAACGCAGACGGGAGCGUAGCUGUGACGAAUUCGAGUUCGGAAACGACAUCAUCUAUUGUUCCCAGUGGCAUGCCGGAUCCCUUCACAGCCGCUGUAGCGGCUGCUGUUACCGGCAGUUCUGCUGCCCAAGCAGAAUACUAUCAAGCCUACCAGCAAUAUUACCAGCAGUAUUAUGCGUCGCAAUACGCAGCUCAGUUUUACGGGGAUUCGAGCACAACGUCCACUGGUGGAAUUGCCUCAACUGCCGGUGUUUCUUGGAGCACUGCAACCAACUCAAAUGGGGAUCCCACCGUUGAACAACAUGCAAUGCUAGAUGCGGCCGCCUCCGAACUGUAUGCGAGAGCGCUUGCUCGCUCUAUGGGCUCACAUGAGUAUUCACCAGAGCCUCAUGUUUUAUCUUCUGCGUUCGAUCGUCCGCGCCACGUCGACGACCUAGACGAAGUGUUUGGCUUCUUGGAGGCUUCAAGAUGGCACGCUACCGAUCCGUCCCUCGGCUUGUUUGUAAAAAUCCGGCCAUGAACCGCGUGUGAUGUUCUCAUCAUACCAAACAGUUGUGAUGUAAAUACUCGAGCUGAGAUAAUCACACUACUUGACUUGUCGGUUUUUUUGUGGAAAUUCACGUUUUAAUGCAUGUUACACCUCUUUUCGAGCGUA